UGCCAGCUUUCUAGGAAAAAUAGUUACCCUGACCAUUUAUAUUGUCUUUAGAUUAAGCGUGGCCAGGCGCUCAAUUCGAAACACAAAUAACCACUGGGCAGGGACGCAUUGGUGGACCCCACCCCAAAGCCAACUCAAACAGCCAAUGAAACGAAUACGGGGAACAGAUUCACUCAGGACCACCAGCCCGGUAUUCCCUCCCCUUGGGUGAUGAUGAUGGAAAGUUGUCAAGGCGUAGGAACAAAUCGACCAAAAUAUCCGCUUACCAAAACUGUUUGCACAAGUGUUCUCCGGCUCGCAUUUCAUUAGAUCAGCAUGGUUGCCCUGAAGCGCCAGCAGGCCGUGGAGGAUGCGAUUGCCAUGCGGCUGGUGGCCAACAAAACGGGCCGCUCCAUCGACUCCCUGCCGCCGGGCAACAUUUUCGGUCUGACCGUGACCCAGCCCAGUUCGCCGCUUCCCAAGAGGGAAGAUGACCAGGGGGAGAAGCCUCCUUCGGAGGAGCAGAAGCUGCAGCAGCAGCCAGAGUCGCAGGGUGAGGAAUUCAGCGAUCCGCCGGCGGUGGCCCAGGAUCUUAGUGCUCCACGGCGGGAUAAUGUCUCCCAGACAGCCAUCGAUAUGCUGGCCCAGCUCUUUCCCCACCGAAAGCGAUCUGUCCUGGAACUGGUCCUCAAGCGCUGCGAUCUCGAUCUGAUCCGGGCCAUCGAGAAUGUCUCGCCCACGGGCAAAGCCACUGCAGUGGAGGGCACCAACGUCAGUCAGCUGCCCAGCCAGGAGCCGGGAAUCUUGCCCAGUGUGCCGCAGAUCACGACUUCGAGGACCAGCGCCUUCAGGCCGGUAAUAACAGAUCAGUACCAGAGCAAAUCGAUGGUGGAGCUAAAGCCGCCGGUCUUCGGAAGUAGCGCCUCGGCAGCGGCAGCCGCCAUUUGUGCCUACCCCAAGUGGUUCGUGCCGCUCUCCUUCCCGGUGACCAUGGGCCACCUGUCCAACCUGGCGCCGCGAUGCACCUUGCCCAACUGCGCCUGCCUGGACAGCUACCAGUUCCACUAGGAGCUUUCAUCAAGUAGUACCCAUUAACUAUAUUGAAAUACAUUUAUUUAACCUAACU